GUAAAAAUGCUCACGUCAACGUCAAGAAGGAAAUCUUGAAAACAGCAUGGGAAAAAAAUCACUCGUCACUUAAUAAGGGAAUCCCAAUAAGAUUAACAGCUGAUUUCUCAGCAGAAACAAUGGAGGCCAGAGGGUAGUGGAAUAAUAGCAUAUUCAAAGUGCUCCGCCUGAACCACGGUUAAUCAAAAAUCCUAUAUCCAGAAAAGUUAUAUUUCAAAAACAAAUGCUCAGAUUCCCUCUGAGUUCCAGGUUGAUGGAGGUGACUUCAUGGUCGACAUGUCUAUUUGGAUGUCCCAGGGGAAUUCAAACCCACGAUUUCCCAAGCUGUCCUCAUCAUCUUCCCCACCCCCAUAAUAAGUGUGUUCCUUCCUCCAUGCUCUCCAGCUCAGUGCAUGGGCCACCCUCCACCCAGGUGCUCAUUCCAGACUCCUUCUCCCAUAGUCCCAGGCCCCAAACACACAACCCCACAUCUCUCUGUUGCCUUGCUUCACCCCAUUUCUUUCAACAGCCUCUCAACUGCUCUGCUUGCAUACACGCUUACCCCCUUUCUGACCCCUGGCCCCCACAGGAUCAAGAAAGAUUUUCCUUAAAUGCUCUGAAAGCUGCUCUGUGAGUAGGGACGAGGUUUAGUUGAUGCGAACAGAGAAGUAUUGGUGCAGCUAUCCACCAGCCAGCACGCUGCCUCUCCCACCCCACAUGGGACCCUUCAGGGCCAGGGGUGCAGUGAGAGGUCUGUCUCUCAAGGACUGAACCAUGGAGUCACACACAGUUGGGAGGUUAGUGGGGAAUAAGGUGUAAAAACAUUUGGGCUAAACCUUGAAAAUACUACGCUGGUGGGGGAAAGGAUAAACUGGGAGAUUGGGAUUGACAUAUACAUGCUACUAUACAUAAAAUAUAUAACUAAUAAGGACCUACUGUAUAGCACAGGGAACUCUACUCAGUACUCUGUAAUGACCUAUAUGGGAAUAGAAUCUAAAAAAGAGUGGAUAUAUGUAUAACUGAUGUACUUUUCUGUACGGCAGAAACUAACACAACAUUGUAAGUCAACUAUACUCCGAUAAAAAUUUUUUUAAAAACCUAAAAAAGGAAAAGAAAAUAUUAUGCUGUGAAGUAAGCCAGACACAAAAAGACAAAUACUGUAUGAUUCAAUUUAUAUGGGGUACUUGGAUGUAGUCAGAUUUAUAGAGACAGAAAGUAGAAUUAACAGGGGCUGGCGGGAGACGAGGGAGGAAGAAUUAGUGUCUGAUGAGUACAGAGUUUUUUCUUGGAGGGUAUGAAAAAGUUGAGGUGGGGGGUGGUGAUGCUUGCACAACAGUAUGAAUGUACUUAACGCCAUUGAAUGGUACACUGAAAAAGGGUUAAAAUGGUAAGAUUUAUGCUAUGUAUAUUUUACCAUAGCAAUAAAACAAUUGCUACUGACAAAAUAUAUAUAUAUAUUUGGGAUUGAUAGAGUGAGCGAGGAGAAGGCUGGAGGGAGGCGGAUGGCAGCCUGUCUGUGCUCUGACAGGACUAAGGAGGAGCUCUGUCCAGUGACCUUAGAAGGAAACCAUGCCAAGCUUCCAACUGGCUGUCCCUCAUUGGAAACACAUCAGCCAGAGGCCUGCAUGCCUCCCCCUCGUGUGUGACUGUUCCCCCUCUCUGCCCUCACAGUGGUAGCUGGCCAGUGUGGGGAAUGAAGAGGAGGCAGCUUUGCUCUGGAGCUCUACAAACUGGGAGCCAGUAAGAAGGCGAUUUGAGCUGGGAGGGACGAUUGCUCCAGGGCCCGCCCUACCACAGCCUUGGGCCCUCCGCCAUAAAUAUCUUCAACAGGUCUGCGUGGGCACUAGGCAGCUCCACCCUGGCUGGAGCCAGCCUCUAGAGUUCAGGUCUAACCUAGGUUGCAGCUGGGGGUCUGCCUGCUGGAUUGCCGCCUGAACAACCCGGCUUAUCGUCAUGGCACCUUCACCCUGGGCAAACGAGAUAGUCAGCCUUGGAUCCGUAAACCUUCCCCCAUUCCAUUCACUGCUGGCUGAAUCCUGUGACUUGGGACAAUUCUGGGUCAGACCCAGGGAGUAACUCAGGGAAAUUACAUUUUUAAGGGCUUGGAAGGAAAGAAAAGGGGACCGAGGGGAAGGUCAGGGAUGAUUCUAGGCCCUUGAGGAGCCAUGCUAGUUUUCUGAGAAAAUGUGUUUCUUCGGAGAAAUGAAUAUCCCAGAGAGGAGUCCAGAACUGACUCUAUCAUUAUUCCAGAUACAGGAACUUCCUAAUUCCCACAAGCCUGACACCAACAGGAGUACCCUUUAUGCCACCUUAAAGCAUGGCUGCCGCUGGAAGAGCAGAGCUACCUGAAGAUUAUUCCAGGCCAGUGAUGCCCUCACUUUCCAGUGAUGUGCUCACCUGUAGCUAGUGAGGCCAGAGCAGGGUCAGAGCCCGUGUCCCUUGACUUCCAGCCCAUUGUCUGUCUAUAUACCCUUAUUACUCUUAGCUCUUCCAUUUACAUCUAGUGGCUUGAGGAUUUGUCCUGGGCUAGCACUGCCCUCUUGUCAGGUAUCUCCACAAUUUUUUUUUUUUUUCCUGCAGCCGAUACUCGGUAAAACAAGAAUAAAAUGAAUGACAAGAAGGUCUCCUUCAUGAUGGGCAUCUUCUGUAUCCUCAACACCAUCCAGUUCCUCAUCUUUGAAGUGAACGAGGUUGCAUACAUCGGCUAUGAGGACAGCUUCAGCAUCUACAAGGAGACAAAGUCUGAGCUAGUCUCUUGGGUCACGACCUACAAGAAGCACAUCAACAUCUGCCUAUCCACCAUCACCCUCAUGGUCAGCUCCUUGUUCCUCUAUUACAUCCACAUCAGCAACUACGUGGGGCUGCUGUGCUACACCAUGUGGAUCAUCACCUAUGAGCUCCUCAGCUUCUCCGUGGUCCUGCUCACCAACGGGACCAUCAAAGAGCAGUUCAAGGAGCUGAGGUACUUGCACUUGAUUUUCCAGGUCUCCCGAAUGAUUCUGCACUUUUUCUGUCUGCCCUUCGUCACCAGGUAUGCGUACUCCCUUUACAAGGACCUCAAGACUUUAAGCAAGAUAGGCCGCUGCAAACGCUCCUCUGUCAGUACAUUUGACACCUGGCCACCUGUCGGGCUGGGAACCUUGUGCCGCAAGUUAAACUAAACUGUGCCAGGAAGAAGGGAGAGAGAGGGACAGCGCUCCCCAGCGGAGGCUCCCCCUUCCCUGCCUGCUUUCUGCUGAUUCUCCUUGCCUUUUCCGGGUUCUCGAGUUCUAUGCACUUAAGAAUGACCCUUGGGGGAGGGAGGGUUGCGUGGAUCAGUUAUUGUACAUGUGUAUUUGUGACUUGUUUUGGCAUUUAAUUAUAGACCGUCUUUGUGCUUACUUAACCAUCUCAUUGGUGUAUCCUGUUGUCUCUCAUUGUACCCUCCUCUCUGCACAUCCUUAGUUUCUGUGGAUUGCCCCACUCAUGCCUGGUUCUGCUGAAUCCUUUAUGAGCAGUGCUAUUUGAUAGAAAUCUCUGUGCUGAUGGAACCAUUCUACAUCUGUGCUGUCUACUAGCCACAUGUGGCUACUGAGCACUUGGGACAUGGUUAUUACAAUCUAGGAAUCAAAUUUAAAAUUUUAUUUGGUUUUAAUUACUUUCAGUUUCAAUAGCCACAUGCGGCUGGCUUGUGGCUACCAUGUCGCAGAGCACAGUAAUCUGGGGCCUCAUUCUACUCCUGCGUAUAACUGUAGACCCCCUUUCCAACUUCAUGCAUCACUCUGCUUUCCUCAUAAUGUUCAGAAAGUAGUUCCUCACGUUGGUUCAUAACACGGCAAGAAGAAUCCCCAUUUAAGAAAGUUCCAGGCUUCCCUGGUGGCACAGCGGUUAAGAAUACACCUGCCAAUGCAGGGGACACGGCUUCGAGCCCUGGUCUGGGAAGAUCCCACAUGCCGUGGAGCAACUAAGCCCGUGCGCCACAACUACUGAGCCUGCGCUCUACAGCCCGCGAGCCACAACUACUGAGCCUGCAUGCCUAGAGCCAGUGCUCUGCAACAGGAGAAGCCACUGCAAUGAGAAGCCCGUGUACCACAAUGAAGAGCAGCCCCUGCUUGCCGCAGCUAGAGAAAGCCCGUGCCCAGCAACGAAGACCCAGUGCAGCCAAAAAUAA